AUGUCGCACGUUACACGGUUGUACUCAGACACAGAGAGUGACUUUGAUGAUUGGGAUGGCGAUCCUAGCCACAUCUCUAUUCCAGGCCCCAGCGCUUCUAAAGGGGAGCUCCUAGAGACACUUAAAGUGCUGCAGGUUCAAAUGCAGCGGCUUCAGGAAGAGAACAGGUCUAUCAAGGAAGAAAACAAGACUUUGCAUGCUGAGAAGCCCAAAUGA